AUGGCUCUCUUCGGCUCCAGCUCCAGCUCCAACGCCCAGGCCUCCUCCCCGGCCGAGGUCAAGAAUGCCAUCAUCCGUCAGCUGCAGCAAGAGGCCGCCAUGGCCAACGCCCGGAACCUGAUCGGAAAAGUCAACGAGCACUGCUUCGACGCCUGCGUGCCCGCACCCGGCUCCUCCAUGUCCUCUAAAGAGGAAACCUGUCUGUCCCAGUGCAUGGAGAAGUACAUCUCGUUCUGGAAUGCCGCGAGCCGCACGUACAUUGCGCGCAUCGCUAAGGAGUCCAAGAAGGCCGGCGCCCAGGACACUGUUGCCAUGAACUCGCUGGCGACGGGGUCGUCUGAUGCCGGUAGCUUGUAA